AUGGUGUCUCCCGAAUUCGUCGACUUCUUUCGGCAACGAAAACUCAAUGAUGGACUCUUAAUGAGGUUGAAGAUGACGUUGUUGUCUGUGAAUGCGGUGCUUGAAGAUGCGGAGGACAAACAAUUUACAAAGCCAAAUGUGAAAGAGUGGCUUGAUGAGUUGAAAGAUGCUGUCUAUGAUACAGAGGACAUCUUCGACAAGAUUGCUACCAAAGACUUGCGACGGAGGGUGGAUGCUGAAUUUGGAACCAUUGUAAGUAAGGUAUCUAACCCUAUCUCUACUUCUCGUUUUGUCAAGAAGGUAGAAAGGAAGAUAGAAGAGCUACUUGAUAGACUUGAUUUUUUAGUAAAACAAAAGGAGAACAUAGGUCUAAGAGAUGAUGUUAGAGGGAAUCCAUCGGAAAGGCUACCCACAACUUCUUUGAUUGAAGAAUCUAAUAUUUGUGGUAGGAAUCAUGAUAAGGAAGCGAUAAUUAACUUCUUGUUCUCUAAUGAUGUGAGUGACAGUGAGAUUGGUGUGAUUGCUAUAGUUGGCAUGGGGGGAAUUGGCAAGACCACCCUUACUCAGUUAGUAUAUAAUGAUAACAGGGUCAAGGAGAACUUUGAACUCGAAGUAUGGGUUUGUGUUUCGGAUCCAUUUGACGUGUUCGUGGUAAUGAAAACAAUUCUAGAGGAAGCAGGUUCAUCUGCUAAUGCUGAUAGUAAGAAUCUAAAUCAGCUUCAAAUUAAACUCAAUGAGACGUUGACAUCAAAGAAGUUCUUACUUGUUUUAGAUGGUGUUUGGGAUACGAAUCCUGCCAAGUGGGAGGUCUUAAGUAAUGCUUUUAAAUCUGGGGCACUAGGAAGUAAGGUUAUUGUAACAACACGCAAUUUUGAGGUUGCAAGAGUCAUGCAAGCCGGUGCAACUCAUUGUUUAAAGGAGUUAUUAAAAGAAGAUUGUUGGUCAUUAUUUGCAAAAUAUGCAUUCAAUAAUGGUAACUCUGAUGCAUAUCCAAAACUAGAAGCAAUAGGAAGACAAAUUGUAAAAAAGUGCAAAGGUCUACCUUUAGCAAUCAAGGCGAUUGGGGCUCUCUUGCGGUCUAAAUUAGAUCUUGAUGAAUGGGAUAAGGUAUUGAGAAGUGAAUUAUGGGAUUUAUCAAUUGAAAAGACAGGCAUCCUUCCUGCACUAGGAUUAAGUUAUAAAUAUCUUUCAUCACAUCAAAAGCGAUGCUUUGCAUACUGUUCCAUAUUCCCCAAGGAUUAUGCUUUUAAAAAAUAUACAUUAAUCUUAUUAUGGAUGGCGGAAGGUUUCUUGCCGCAGGCCAAAAACAAAACAAUGGAAGAAGUUGGUGAUGAUUACUUCCUUGCUCUUGUAUCAAGAUCAUUAUUUCAACAAUCCAAUCGAAAUGAAUAUAUAAUGCAUGAUCUUGUCAGCGAUCUAGCAAAAUUUAUAUAUAAACAAUUCGCUUUAAGCCAUGAAGAUGUCUGUUCUCGUGAAAUUCUAAGCAACACUCGUCAUUUCUCGUAUUCUUGCAUAACAUUUCAUAUUAAGGAGUUUGAGGCCUUUCACGAGGCUAAGAGGUUGCGCACUGUCUUAGAAUUAAAUUAUGAUGUUGCGUUUGUUACAAAUUAUGCUUUUGUGUAUCGCAAUUCAGAUGUUGUAUCCCAAUUUUUGUUACCGGUGUUAAGAUGCUUACGUGUACUCUCUCUAUCUCAUUAUUACUGUAUAACUGAGUUGCCAUAUUCAAUUGGCAAAAUGAUACACCUACGUUAUUUGGACCUUUCUUACACUCAGAUUAAAAGGUUACCUGAUUCCAUAUGUGAGCUGUGCAAUUUGCAAACACUGAAUUUAUCACAUUGUACGAAUUUUGCUGCCUUUCCAAGAGAUAUGCAUAAACUCAUUAAUUUACGUCAUCUUGAUAUUACUGCAACUUUAUGCAUUAAGGCGAUGCCAAGACAUAUGGGUAGACUAAAAUGUCUUCAGACAUUAACUAAAUUUAUCGUUGGCAAACAUAGUGGAUUUUGCAUUGGAGAGUUAGAAAAACUUACAAAUCUUCGGGGAUCACUUUCUAUUUUGGAGCUCCAAAAUGUUGAAUCUCCUACAGAUGCUAAGGACGUAAACUUGAGGGAUAGGAAGUACCUCGAACAGUUGGUAUUGAACUGGAAAGUUGAUACUAAUGCUUCAGAAAAUCAUAUGCUUGUACUUGAUAGUCUCCAGCCGCAUUCAAACUUGAAAAGCCUCGUUAUUGAUGGCUAUGGUGGUAAGAGAUUUCCAAACUGGAUAGGGCAUCCUUCAUUCUCUAAUAUAGCAUCUCUUCGUCUAGAAUACUGUAACCACUGUUUCAGCUUGCCACCGCUUGGGCAAUUGGCCUCUCUUGAGAAAUUGUAUAUACAAGAUUGUCCACAAGUUGAGUCAUUUCAUGAAAGGGGUUUGCCUUCCAAUUUGAAUGAAAUUUACAUCUACAAUUGUGACAAACUCUUUGCAAGCCGGAUGGGGUGGGGUUUACAAAAACUCCCGUUUCUUAGAAGAUUCAAAAUAUGCGGCAAAUCUAAAAAUGUGGAGUCCUUUCCAGAGGCGGGUGUGCUGCCCACCAGUCUUACCUAUCUUCGCAUCGAAGGCUUUCCAAAUUUGAAAUAUUUGGACAAGAAGGGGCUUCGACACCUCACUGCUCUUGAAGAAUUGAAUAUCUGGGACUGCCCUAAGCUCGAGUGCAUGCCAGAAGAUGAGAUGCCUACUUCCCUUUCUACUUUAAGGAUCUACGAAUGUACGAGAUCGGGGUUGCUUGAUGUUGCUGACAGGUUCAAGUCUCAUGGAGGCUCCUCUAAGAACCCUGAAAUGGUAAACGUUCUGCUGAGGUAUCUUUUUGCUUUGGCAGCAAACUCCACUACUGCAAGUAUUCCAACUGGUGAUUCAAAGUUUGUCAUUAUGGGUACAAGUGAAGCCUUAGAAUUAAAGAAGGUCUUAGUCAAACUCUCCUCUAAACGACUAGAAGCCACUCAUGGUAUGCGAUCAUGUGGGUUGCAGCACAAUUCUAUGCCUAGUGAGUCUGAUGGUGGAAAGAAGUUGGAUGUGAAGUAUUUCAAAGAAAAAUCCUCUAUGCCGAGGUCUCACAAGCGUGGAGCUCCAAACUUGAUGAAAUAUCAAAUAGUGAAGAAGCAAAUGAUUGAUCGUAGUUUGGGUUCAGAGUGUUCCACCAAUUUGAAACAAUAG